AGUGUACGCAUUUAGUGGUUUAUUGUAUUUGUCCAUCCCUGACCUACUGUUGCUGUUCUUCCGCUUCUGAUGUGCACAACCAGCACAACCAGAUGCUAAUGAUAGGCACGGCAAUUUAUUAUGACAAAUGAAAGAUCGCACAUAGGAAGGGUGGGCGCCCGGUUUGUUUCACCUCGGUAUUCCGAAUGAAGAAUCAUUGAGGGUAAUUUGAUUGGCCCGGUUACUCCCGGGCACAUCUCUUCUCUGCUAAUCGGACCAUUUCGAGUGGCGCACGGCACCAAUGGGCACUGUUGGUUUUUGCAGGAUUCGCGCAUCGGGCGUCAGUUUGAACCAGUCGUGCGCUUUUGGGAUGAGGCUGUAAAUAGUAUUACCUCUAUCAGCAUUUAGCUUGCCUCAUCAAUGUUGACGUAUCGACAACCAUUCCGUAGUGGGGGGUUACCUACCAAUAGGGUAGGCACCCAGUUCAACGUACACAACCGAUUAGAUAACCUUUCAGUCAUCGUAAAUGCUAGGGAGUACGCGCAUAAUGAAACGAAAAUAAAAACGUAUCGAAAAAGAAGCAUUAGAUUGCUGUGCAUUAAAAUGUCAACAACGGCAAGUAGCGUUGUAUAUUAGAAAACAAAAAAAAAUAAAACACGUUUCAAGUACAGAAAAACAAAACUUUAAACAUGAUUGGGAAGAAUAUUGUAUAAUAAAAUGAUAAAGCCAUACGGGGGUUUUUUUUCCCGGCACAAAAUGAUAAUAAAAGACCCGUGGUUCGAGCGACCAAACCGUUGUGUGUUUGGAGUUACGGUUGUGAUCGUUAUAAUUUGAAAGGAAAGGAAAAAUCUACCAACAACAGGAUUCCUACUAUCAGGUUUAAUUGAUGCACUAUUGACAGUUACAUAACUUUUGCAAAAAUAAAUGCCCUCCGACCCGAUUCAAUGAGAUGAAAUUGUAGAUUAAAUUGUUUAUUGUAUAUUAAAAUAAUUUACCCGUCCCCUUCGGCAUGGCUUAUUAAGAAGCACCACCACAAUCUAAUUGAGAUUUUAGUAUAAAAGAUCACCUCGGUUUGUCCGUCUUCGUCAGUAACGGUACAGAGCCCAGCUUAAAGCUUCUAUAACACUACUAAACGAACAAGAGUAACGGUACAGAUACUAUCGUAAACAUGGCACCACCGCAACAGAAUAUGGCCGCCGUGUGUUACGGUCGGGACGAUCUACGCUUGGUGUCGAUCCCAACACCCGAACCGGCCUUCAACGAGGUAGUGCUGGAGGUGGACAGCUGUGGCAUCUGUGGUACGGACAUUCACUUCCUGAAGGAGGGUGGUUUUGGCGAUCAGAAGCUUAUCCGUCCAUUGGUACUCGGGCACGAGUCGGCCGGUGUGGUGCGCAAGGUGGGCAGCUCGGUAACGCAUCUGAAGGUGGGCGAUCGUGUUGCGAUCGAACCGGCCGCCGGUUGCCGUACCUGCGAUCUGUGCAAAGUGGGCAAGUACAACAUCUGUCUGAAUGGGAAACAUUGUCCCACGAAGAACCACGAUGGUAACUGCUCGAACUUCUUCGCACACUAUGCGGACUGUUGCUUUAAGCUGCCGGACCAUGUUACGAUGGAGGAAGGUGCAUUGUUGGAACCGUUAGCGGUCGGUGUGUAUGCUGGACGGCGGGCAGACAUUCGGUUGGGUAGCAGUGUCAUCAUCUUCGGUGCCGGUCCGAUCGGGCUUAUUUCGCUUAUCGUGGCGAGAGCGAUGGGAGCUACCAGAACGGUGGUGUUGGAUCUAGCAAAGGCCAGUAAUCGGUUGGAUGUGGCGAAAAAGCUUGGUGCCACGGCAGUUAUACCGAUCGGGGCAUCCGACAAGGAGGAUGACAUCGUGAAGCGCAUACAGGAGGUGUUGGGUGGUCCGGCUGAUCGUGUGUUGGAGUGUACCGGGUCACAGCCGGGAAUGCGCAUUUCCAUCAAGGCGACGCGUAACGCUGGCAUCGUGUGUUUGGUCGGUUUGGGCAAAGAGGAAGUGCAGCUACCGAUAGUGGAUGCGAUUUCUCGCGAAAUUCAAAUCAUCACCGUUAUGCGUUACAAUCACGACUAUCCGGCAGCAUUGGAAAUUGUUGCCAGCGGGUACGUCGAUGUGAAACCACUCGUUUCACACCAUUUUGCACUGAAGGACGUUAACGAAGCAUUCCGGGUGGCCGCAUCCGGCGAAGGGUUGAAGGUGAUGGUACAUCUUACACCACGGGACAGCAAUAAUAAGACGAAAUUUGUUAACUAAGCUAGCAAAAACCCGAAAUGUGUCAAUAAAAAUGAACCCGCCUACCGGGUUAUCGGGAGUUUCAACUAUCAA